UAAUGGGCCAAGGUGAGCUUAUGCCUGGGAACAAGUAUAACGGUAACUCAAACCACAUUCCGGGUCGUGUAGAGCGGCUUCUGAGAGUGAGAGAAUUGAGGAAGAGUAGCAGGGCAUGCCAUUUGAAUGAGUUAGGGGAGAAUAAUAGCAAUAGGAUUGGGGUUGGUGCAGAGGGUGGUUGUGAGGAGCAGGUGCGGUUGAGAGAAGAGGAGAAAUUGGGUGAAGUGGUUGGUGAAGGGGUUGGAGAAGGGUGUGAGAGGGAAGAUGGGAAGGGUUUUAGACAGAGGCUAUUGGUUGUGGCUAAUAGGUUGCCUGUGUCGGCAGUUAGAAAAGGCGAGGAUUCAUGGUCUUUGGAGAUAAGUGCCGGUGGCCUCGUCAGCGCUCUGUUAGGUGUGAAGGAGUUUGAGGCAAGAUGGAUAGGAUGGGCCGGUGUCAACGUGCCAGAUGAGAUUGGACAGAAGGCACUUACUAAAGCCUUGGCUGAAAAGAGGUGUAUCCCUGUAUUUCUUGAUGAGGAGAUUGUUCAUCAAUAUUAUAAUGGCUAUUGCAACAACAUCUUAUGGCCCCUAUUCCAUUACCUUGGCCUACCACAAGAAGACCGCCUUGCCACCACACGUAGUUUCCAGUCUCAGUUUGAGGCAUACGAGAAAGCAAAUCAAAUGUUUGCUGAUGUUGUGAACAAGCACUAUGAAGAGGGUGAUGUUGUUUGGUGCCAUGAUUACCAUCUUAUGUUCCUUCCCAAAUGUUUAAAGAAUCAUAACAAAAAAAUGAAAGUUGGGUGGUUUCUCCACACCCCAUUUCCAUCUUCUGAAAUUCACAGGACACUGCCAUCUCGUUCAGAGCUCCUGCAUUCUGUUCUUGCUGCUGAUUUAGUUGGUUUUCACACUUACGAUUAUGCAAGACAUUUUGUUAGUGCUUGUACUCGAAUACUUGGACUUGAGGGUACUCCUUAUGGGGUUGAGUAUCAAGGGAAGCUCACUCGAGUUGCUGCAUUUCCAAUUGGGAUAGACUCAGAACGAUUUAUACGUGCUCUUGACCUUCCUCCGGUACAAGAUCACAUCAAAGAGUUACAAGAAAGAUUUAAAGGCAGAAAGGUAAUGUUAGGUGUUGAUCGCCUGGACAUGAUUAAAGGAAUCCCUCAGAAAAUUCUAGCAUUUGAGAAAUUUUUGGAAGAAAAUGCUUAUUGGCGUGAUAAAGUCGUUCUGCUUCAAAUUGCUGUGCCAACAAGAACAGAUGUUCCAGAGUAUCAAAAGCUUACAAGCCAGGUUCAUGAAAUUGUCGGUCGCAUCAAUGGCAGAUUUGGAUCAUUGACUACUGUUCCUAUACAUCACCUGGAUCGCUCACUUGACUUUCAUGCCCUAUGUGCUUUGUAUGCUGUUACUGAUGUAGCACUAGUAACCUCUUUGAGGGAUGGAAUGAAUCUUGUCAGCUAUGAAUUUGUGGCCUGCCAAGAGGAAAAGAAAGGAGUUCUCAUUCUUAGUGAAUUUGCCGGUGCAGCACAGUCUCUUGGUGCUGGAGCAAUUCUUGUUAACCCUUGGAACAUUACAGAAGUUGCUGCUGCAAUUGCUAGAGCUCUGAAUAUGCCAUCUGCAGAAAGAGAAAAGAGACAUAAACAUAAUUUUCUUCACGUUAAAUCACACACUGCUCAAGAAUGGGCAGGAACUUUUGUGAGUGAACUAAAUGAUACUGUUAUCGAGGCACAACUAAGGACAAGAGAAGGUCCACCCCGGCUUACAACUGAGACUGCAAUUGAACAUUAUCUGCAGUCGACUAAUCGAUUGCUCAUUUUGGGAUUCAGUGGAACUUUAACUGAACCAGUUGAGAAAACAGGUGAUCAGAUUAAAGAAAUGGAGCUUAAGGUACAUCCAGAAUUGAGACAACCCUUGACUGCACUAUGCAGUGAUCCUAAUACCACAGUUGUUGUGCUCAGUGGAAGUGGUAGACAAGUCCUGCAUGAUAACUUCAAAGAAUAUGACAUGUGGUUGGCAGCAGAGAAUGGAAUGUUUUUACUUCCUUCAAAGGGUGAAUGGAUGACAACAAUGCCAGAGCAUCUGAAUAUGGAAUGGGUUGACAGUGUGAAGCAUGUUUUUGAGUACUUCACAGAAAGAACACCUCGGUCACAUUUUGAUUUUGAAGAAAGGGAAACUUCGCUUGUAUGGAAUUACAAAUAUGCAGAUGUUGAAUUUGGGAGACUUCAAGCAAGGGACAUGCUGCAGCAUCUGUGGACAGGUCCAAUUUCUAAUGCUUCAGUUGAAGUUGUUCAAGGUAGCCGAUCUGUUGAGGUGCGAGCUGUUGGUGUUACAAAGGGAGCAGCUAUUGACCGCAUUUUGGGUGAGAUAGUGCACAGUAAAUCCAUGACGUCACCAAUAGAUUAUGUUCUUUGCAUUGGACAUUUCCUGGGGAAGGAUGAAGAUAUUUAUUCAUUUUUUGAGCCAGAUCUUCCUUCUAUUGGGGUGGGUCUUCCACGAAGUAAGGUAACAACGGAAGGGGUCAAGUUUCCGGUUGAGAAGAAACAAUGUAUGAAGAUCCCACCCAGCAAAAGUGGAUCAAAGCCAUCUCAAAAUAAGGCACAACGUCAAGUUUCAAAUUCUGAUAAGAAAACAAAUAAUAACUAUGUCUUCAGUGCAUCUCGCAAGCCAUCUCCUGAAAAGGCAUCAUCAUGGAACGUUCUUGACCUUAAGAAAGAGAACUACUUCUCAUGUGCUGUUGGACGAACCCGAACAAAUGCUCGCUACACGCUCGAUUCUUCAGACGACGUCGUUUCAUUUCUCAAGAAACUAGCAGAUGCUUCUUUACCGCAGCGUUAAAAUAUUUAUCCAUAUUUUCCUAAAUUUAUUUUAAUGAAAUAAUCGUUUAUUUUCUGUACCUUUAGGCUAGAGUUUUGAAAAAUAAACGAUUAUUUUGUUUGUGUUUGGAAGAGUCUGUAAAGAGCUUACGAAAAUAAUUUGUAACUUUAGUAAGCUCAUAUGUCAAUAAAUUGAUCUAAUUUAUGAUACAAUUUAUUGUGUAAUAAAAGUUUAUUAAAU